UUACAAUGGCUCUCUACCAGUUUCUCUGGGGUUCAACCAUGAUGAUCAUUCUCUUAUCCAGAGGAUGUCAUUCCCAGCAGCCAGUAUGUGGACAGGCUGUACUCAACACCAGAAUUGUGGGAGGUGAAGAUGCGCCUCCAGGAAGUUGGCCCUGGCAGGCCAGUUUGCAGAAUGAUGGUAGUCACUUCUGUGGAGGAUCCCUAAUCAACAAUCAAUGGGUGCUGACAGCUGCUCACUGCGCGCCAGAUAUUAACCUUGGAACUGUAGUGUAUUUGGGCCUCCAAAGCCUGCCGGGUCUAAACUUGAAUGCAGUGUCACGGAAUGUGAGUGUGAUCACGCCCCAUCCUUCAUACGGCUUACCGACCAACGUCAACCGCUACGACAACGACCUGUGUCUCCUGAAGCUGUCGGCGCCUGUGAGUUUCACGGACUACAUACAACCGAUCUGCUUGGCCGCAGAAAACAGCACUUUCAAUGCCGGGGUUGGAAGCUGGAUCACUGGUUUUGGUAUUACUGAUAAUGGUACACUUGCCAACAUCCUGCAGGAGGUGAUGGUACCGAUAGUGGGAAACAAACAGUGCAACUGCACCUAUGGUGGUAUUACAGGGAACAUGAUGUGUGCUGGGGUCCCAGCUGGAGGGAAGGAUUCAUGCCAGGGAGACUCAGGGGGGCCAAUGGUGAUCAAACAGGGGUCUCUGUGGAUCCAGAGUGGAGUUGUGAGUUUUGGUCAUGGCUGUGGCUUACCCAAUAUUCCUGGAGUUUACACCCGUGUGUCCAAGUACCAGGAAUGGAUCAGCAGCGUUAUCGCUGGCAGCAACAAACCCGGCUUCGUUGAGUACACCUCUGCAGGAGUUGACAGCGACCAGUUCUUUCAAUGUCCAACACCCCCACCACCCACCACACCUGAUGGUGGUAGUGUGUUUGACAGUGGUGAAAGCAUGAUCCACUUCUUCCGCUUCCCCUCGCUCUGCCUUCUAGUUAUUUCGCUGUAUGUGCUGGGCGGAGACCCUGGACCUCCAUCUGAUGACAUGGAUUGCUUCUCAUUGUCACACAGCAGGUGGCCCUCUACCGCCAGUCAGAAGAGGAGUGGAGAGAUUCAGCAGACUGUUGGCACUGAACACAUGGCUUUCAACUGCAUGUAUGACACUGUGGGUGGCGCUCAGUAUAAGGUUUGGGGUAUUUAUUGGAGAAGACAAAGUGAAGGAGGCACAGUUACAAUGGCUCUCUACCAGUUUCUCUGGGGUUCAACCAUGAUGAUCAUUCUCUUAUCCAGAGGAUGUCAUUCCCAGCAGCCAGUAUGUGGACAGGCUGUACUCAACACCAGAAUUGUGGGAGGUGAAGAUGCGCCUCCAGGAAGUUGGCCCUGGCAGGCCAGUUUGCAGAAUGAUGGUAGUCACUUCUGUGGAGGAUCCCUAAUCAACAAUCAAUGGGUGCUGACAGCUGCUCACUGCGUGCCAGAUAUUAACCUUGGAACUGUAGUGUAUUUGGGCCUCCAAAGCCUGCCGGGUCUAAACUUGAAUGUAGUGUCACGGAAUGUGAGUAUGGUCAUACCCAAUCCUUCAUACGGCUUACCGACCAACGUCAACCGCUACGACAACGACCUGUGUCUCCUGAAGCUGUCGGCGCCUGUGAAUUUCACGAACUACAUACAACCGAUCUGCUUGGCCGCAGAAAACAGCACUUUCAAUGCCGGGGUUGAAAGCUGGAUCACUGGUUUUGGUAUUACUGAUAAUGGUACACUUGCCAACAUCCUGCAGGAGGUGAUGGUACCGAUAGUGGGAAACAAACAGUGCAACUGCACCUAUGGUGGUAUUACAGGGAACAUGAUGUGUGCUGGGGUCCCAGCUGGAGGGAAGGAUUCAUGCCAGGGAGACUCAGGGGGGCCAAUGGUGAUCAAACAGGGGUCUCUGUGGAUCCAGAGUGGAGUUGUGAGUUUUGGUCAAGGCUGUGGCUUACCCAAUAUUCCUGGAGUUUACACCCGUGUGUCCAAGUACCAGGAAUGGAUCAGCAGAGUUAUCGCUGGCAGCAACAAACCCGGCUUCGUUGAGUACACCUCUGCAGGAGUUGACAGCGACCAGUUCUUUCAAUGUCCAACACCCCCACCACCCACCACACCUGAUGGUGGUAGUGUGUUUGACAGUGGUGAAAGCAUGAUCCACUUCUUCCGCUUCCCCUCGCUCUGCCUUCUAGUUAUUUCGCUGUAUGUGCUGGGCGGAGUAUAACAUGGAAAUGUCAAACUACAGUUUAGGGUUUUCUGUGCCCAAAUGUCUUACUCACUGUGUUUGAUAUGAGCUUUCUUCUUUCAGUGUAGAAAAUAUGAAAGUGGAAAUACAGAACUAAAACGUUUUAUGAAAUCAAUUGCAAUAAAAUGUUGUAAUAAUCACAGAAUAAUCACAGGGGAAUUACUGGAAUUGUUGGGUCUUUGUAAAUUAUACAGUGUGGUCUAGAGCUAGGGCUGGGUAUCGUUCAGAAUCUUUCGAUCCGGUGCCAAUUUCGAUACCUCAGUUUCGAU